ACAUUGAUUUUUAUCAUUAUCGUUAUAAAGAAAACAUUUUAUAUAUUCAAUCACAUUAGUGAUUUUCAUAAAACGGACUGGCAAAUACUUGUUAGGUCGGUUUGAUUGAGCCUGUGCUUUGACAGAACUAGAAAGUGAGACAUAAAAAAUGUAAAAUUCAGUUUAUGUUAUAUUAAAAGAAAAAACAAAAAAGAAAACAAAAACAAACAAACAAAUCAUAUAGAGAAAAUAACAGAAUCGCUAAAGAAAGCCCAACACGACAAAAUUGGAAAUGUUGCAUGCUCGGUUUGACUAAGCCUGUUCAUGGACGGUACUGGAAAGUGCAAGUUACCGCCCACACCUUCUAACACCAGCUAACGUAGAAUUCAACAUUUAAACACGAAAAUGGUGAACUUUGGAAUUUAUCAACAUCCGCUGAUGUGUUCACACGGAACCAUCACAAACAACAACAACAACAAACACAAAACGACGACAAAAACGAAAUUAACGCCUUUUAAAUAAAACAAAAACCGUUUAAAUUGUACAGCAUUGAAAUUAACACCUUUGCUGCUAAUACCAGCCAAAAUGAACAUUACACUGCGAACAUCAUUAUCGAUUGCCAUUGUUUUACUGAUAAUGCGGAAAGAUCAUACAGAUGCAUGCUGCUUUCCAAGCCAAUUUGAAGGUCAACUAAACAUUUUGAUGCCAAAGGAAAAUAAUGCCGGGUCUUACAAGGAGAAAGAUAUUGACAUCACGUUUGACUGGACAAAAAGACGCAUAAGAGAGUACUUUCCAGCUGAAGGUUAUGUGCAAUUACUGUUUUUCGAAAAGGCUGUCAGCUAUAUCAUCCAGAAUUCAACUUGCAGUGUCGGACAACUGUCUCCUUUCCCAUACGGAGCAUUCUGUGUCCCAGAUAAUGCUAAACGUAUGAAAAGUUACACACUUGGUAUGAAAAAGCAGAUAAAUGUCACUGAUUAUUUGUAUACAAUGGAUCAAAUGCAGAUAUUGCGGACAAUAUCUGACAAAUGUGUGCCGGUGGCGGAUUUAUAUUUCCAGGAGAAGUCAAACUUUAUCACAUACAUGGUCACCUAUCAGAACUUGACUCCUGGAAUUAAAGACGAAAAGGUGUUUGAUGUACCAAGUUUCUGCAAAUCAAGCACCAAGAAGAAAAUAAAUUCACGAAUAAAGAAGACCAAUCUUUUCUGGGAUGCCUUCGUUUAAAGUGCAGUGAUUUUAUCAGCGUUUUCGAAAAUGUGAAAUAUAUAAAGAUAUGUUUCCAUUUACAAGGAAUAUAAAUCGGAUAAACAUAACGUUUUAAAAGACCAAAGUGAAAGCAAAAUGUUUGUUUAGAACAAAGAAAAGAAAAACAACAACUAAAUAACUGAACACGUUACACAACUAACUGUUUUCAUUUUCGUUUUACCAUUAGUAUGAUUGAUAGUUUGAAACUUGGAAAUAUCUGAUAUUGACACUUUUCUAAAACUAUUAGCAUGAAAUCAUGCCUUAAUAUUAUAGUUAGUUUGUACACAUAAUGUAUUAAGAAAUCAAAAUAUCAUUCAUGUA